AUGAACGAAAUACUGGCGAGCAUUAGUAUAGAAACUCUACUUCACUUUGUAGAACAAAAGUUCACUGAGAUUGGGGUUGAGAGAGCUGAACAUAAGGCCAGGAUUGCCGAGCUUCUAAAACAGGGUGUGGAAGAAAAUAAGAGGCGUGAUGCUGAGAAUACCAAACUCAAGGCCAGAAUCGAGGAGUUAGAAUCUGAGAAUGAGUUUAGAGAUAGAAUUACGAAAGUGGAACAGAGACAGAUGCUAAAUAACCCAAAGGAAAAUAAUUUUCUAGCAACAGUUCAAUUUGGUUGCAGAUCAGGUACCCAUGUUGAGAAACCAUUGGUGGAUACUUCAUUACCCGAAAAACUGAUACCUUAG